UAUUCUUGGUGAUUCCUGCUGUUAAUUUCGUUCGAACGUCUGCGCUUUGGCCGUGUUCUUCCUCAAUGACUCCCGCCAACUUCACUGCAGUUGUAUUCGUCACGCGGAAAUCGGGCAUUUCUCCAGCUGAAUUUCAAGACCACUGGGACAACAAGCAUGUUCCUUUACUAAAACGCCUUACCGGAUCGCGAUUUCCCUUGUCUCAUACUCGGUAUUACCUGAAGCGAGAUGCCACCCCUCCUCACUACCCAGUCACGGCCCUGGUGGGCGACUCGGCCGCCUUCACCUACGAUGGGUUUGCGAUUCUAACCUUCAAGAGUGAGGCAGCCUUUCAAGAAUAUCUACCGAUUGCGAGUCAUCCCGAGGUGAUGGAGGAUGAGAAACAAUUUGUACACCUGGCCGAGCUGAAGGCUGUCGCUCUGGCUGAUAUUCAGACAACUGUAUCUGAGCACAGUUCUUGAGAAUGAAGCUGGGUAUUUUUAUAUUGUUCAAGUCUUCAUUUUAUCAUGUUCUGCUCUCU